AUGAAUAAAUUAGCUAGUGCUGGGUUAAUAUCGAUGGAUGAAGCAUGUUGCAUUACAUCAACAGAAGCCGGUCGACUCAUGUCUAUAUAUUAUCUAGACUUAGAGACUAUGAAACUCAUUAUGAAGUUAGAAGGAUCUGAGCCGUUAGAGCGCCUGUUAUGGCUGAUAUGCGAAAGUCACGAACUAUCGGAUAUGCAUCUCCGCGUUGACGAACGCAGAUGCCUUAACUCUCUGAACAGGAACACUGCGACCGCGACUAUACGUUUUCCUAUGAAGGGCAAGAUUAAUAGCAGGCAAAUGAAGUUAAGUUGUGUGAUCCAAGCAGUACUCGGUUGUUUAUUUAUUCCCGAACCAUCAUUAAAUCAAGAAGCUUUGAAGAUUAUGAGAAUUGCUGAUAGAGUGUGCAAAUGUUUAGUAUAUUACGUGACUCGUCCAAAUUUUAUAUCCCAAAAUCCAAAAUUUUAUCUAACAAUUCUAAACUCUUUGGUACUAGCUAAAUGUAUAUACGCCCGUUUGUGGGAAAAUUCCCCAUACGUUAGUCGGCAAUUGAAAGGUAUAGGUCAAAUAUUUAGUACACUACUCGCAUCUGCUGGCAAAGUUAACUUUAUGCUGUUGGAAGAGAGUCAUCCACGAGAUUUGGAAAGGAUAAUGAACAAAGGGCCACCCGCUGGAAAUGUAAUAAGACGACAAGUCAGUUUGCUCCCAAAAUAUAACCUUACGGCUACCCCCAUAGACGAGAAAACAGUUAAGAUUCAGCUAUCAUUGCUUAAUAACGCUCAUUUGUCUGAAAAUAUAGAACAAUUAACUGCUGGCGCGAGUCAUAAGAGCUAUGUUGUAGUUGGGGAUAGUGAAAAUUAUUUGAUUUAUUUAACGUCUUUUAAGGAUUCAGAUCUUAUAAACGUCUACGACGGAUGCAUGACUUUCGAAGUAACCAGAAAACACAACUCUAAACAUGAAAUCCUUAUACAUUGCAUUAGCUCAACAUUUGUCGGUAUAGAUGAACAAUGUAAAUAUUUAUUUAACGAUAUAAAUCCUAUACCAACGUAUAAACCAGUGGCAACUUAUUUGCCAGAAAAAAAACUGGAAAAUUUGCACGAUGACGAAAUAGAUGUUUUUAAAGAAAGGAAGAGAAAGGCAAAAGAAACAGAUAAAUCACAAUGCAAUGAAAAAAAGAAGCGAGACAUAAAUUCAGUUGAAAAAUUUAAACAACUCAAGGAAUCUUUCGGGCGAACAUCAAGAGAUAUUAAUGUAAAUCAUCAUAAAAAGAAAGAAAUGUCUGAUAAAAUAUUAGACAAUUUAGUGCUACAACAGGAUAAUACCAUUAUGGAUAAAGAGUUUGAUAGUGUUAUUGGGGACAGUUUAGAUCAAAAUAUUGUAGACGCUUUUGCAGAGGAUUUCAACGAUGAAGACUUUGUAGAUGACAAACAAGUGAGCGAUAUCUUAAAUGAAAUUGAAAACGAAAUUAAAAAUAAAAAUGAAAUUCCGCUAAAUAACAAUCAAAUAUCAUCGAAACCUAUAUGUCCCAAAAACAUUUUUGAUCAAAAGAAAAGUGUGCAUAUUAAUGCAAAACGUAAAACUUUGACUACAAAAAACAACUAUAAUUUUAUAGAUUUUUUAGAGAAGGAAGAUAAUAACGAUGGGGCUAAUACUGAUAUUUGCCAAGAAACUGGUUUUACUAAUACCGUUAAAGGUCAAAUUGAACAAUUUCUACAAAAAGCUUACAAUUAUAAUAAUAAUAAAAUUGAUAUCAUAGAUUUGAUAGAACCGACCGAAAGAAAUGAUAAAAAGGUAAUUCAAGAAGUAAAUAAUGAUGAAGAUGUCUAUGAAUUAAUAGAUUUAACUGAAACCGAAAAAAAGUCUAUGAAUAGUGACGAAAUAAAAAGUGAGGAAAUCAAUGCUGAUUGUGCAAGUAGACCCGGAAAUGAUACAAAUACAUCGCACUGGAUUGCAAUUAAACCUGACGAAUGUUCCCUUCAUUUUACAAAUAAUCAAAAUAACAAAGGAACUGAUAAUAUAACAAUUAACAAUAAACAUUUAGAAUUAUAUGGUAAUGUUUUAAAAAUAAGUGAUGAAAUUCAAAUUGAUGAACCUAUUACAGAAAACAAACUCGCAUUAGCAACUUAUCCUUUAUAUUUGCAAAAUAUAAAGUCAAGUAAACUAUCGAAUCCUAAUAAAAAUAUUGCACCCUCUAUGGAAAAAUGGAAAAAAUCUACAAAUGUUCUAAGUAGUAACACUCAUAGUACGAGUACAGAUAUGGGAAAUAAAGAAACAAAUAUUAAAUGUACUAGUAUAAAUGGAGAUAAUAUUGAAUAUAUCAAAAAUUACCAUGCAAGCCAAACUAAAUUAAUAAACAUAACAUCAGAAAACGAUCAAAAAAAUAAAGUUCAAAUCAUUGGGAAGUUAAAAGUCGAUUUAGACAUUACUGAAAUAGUUCACAAAAACGAUACACGAAACGUAGAUGUUCCUCCAGACAUUAUUGAAUGUAAUGAUAUGGGAAAUGAAAAUGAUACAAAUAUAAAUAAAAGUCAUUAUUUUGGGGAAAGAAAUAAAGCUAUCGCUUAUAAAACAAACCCGAAUAUUGGCAAUGUCUAUAACGACAAAAACGAAGAAAUUGUUGAUAUUACUAAAGACAAUGUACCGUUUAAAAAAUUGUUAAACGAUAAUGAGUAUUCAAAUAAUUUUAAAUCUGAUAUGAAUAGUACCUUACAACACGAUAAAAAUACUGAGAGUGCAAGCGUUAAAGAUAUUCUUCAGAAAUACAACAAUAAUUUAAAAAGACCAAUCAAAGAAGAAACGAACGUAAAUACACAAAUAAACAAGAAAAAGGAAGAGAACACAAAAUCCACAAUCGCAAUUGGAAAUAAAAGAAAAUUGAGAAUAAGUGACAUUGAUAAGAUACAAAUAGAACUACCGCCAUCAUUGAUUGGUGAAAGUCAAAAAACAACCGAUUCUAAAUAUAUUGAUUAUAAACAUCGAGAGUUGCAAAGAGAAAUUAAAGAGAAAGAUUCGGAUAUAGAUGAAAUGCAUUAUGAAACACAACCCGAGAUAGUUAAUAACAAUAUUCCUGAAGUCGAUAUUGGAGAUUUAGACUCUGAUCUACUAUAUCCAGACCUAGCUAUGGAAUUGGCAGACUAUAAUACUGAUUUUGAUGUUAAUGAUGCAAUGCUCGAUCCUAAAGCAUUGUUACAAAAUAUAAAUAAAGAUGAUGAUGGUGAUGAUGAUAAUGGUGAAGAAGAUGAUGAAAUAAUUCCACCUCCGCCACAAUUUUGCGAUGAUAAUACUUAUUCACCUAUUUAUACUUCACCUGAAAAUAAAAUAAGUGAUAUAACAGAAUAUAGUGAUUUAAUAAACACUCAAAAUAUAAAUGAAAUUGAUACAAAUGAAGAUGAUUUUAUGUUUGAUGAAAAUAACGAAUUUGAUUUAACUCCGUCAAAGGAAAUAGAGACGUGGUCUCCAUCUCGUGAGAACAGUUCUGUUUGUUCUACUGAAAGCCAGUCUUUCACCGUGAUGCGAAAAAAUCUAGCUGAAACCAAUAAUAGGCACAAUUUUUUUAAUUCGCGUCGCGAAAAAUUGUCUCAAUUUAAAUUUAAACGUAAGAGCAUGUUCAGGAAA